UUGAGAAGGGCUUUAGUCACACACCGCCUUGGCUCACUUCAAGGAUAUUUGCCGUUUUUCAAAAGUAAGGCCGGUUUUCGGCGCCAAAUAUUGUCAUGGAGACGAUAUGGUUGAGGAGACCAAGCCCAGACGUGCCGUGGGGCUUCCGGCUGCAAGGAGGGAGGGAUUAUCAGCAGCCGCUCUCUGUUCAGCGGGUGACUGCAGGAAGUGUCGCCUCCACGGCGCUGGCAACUGGGGACCUUAUCCUAAAGGUCUCCAACAUAGAUUCAGUUGACCUGACGCACAAUGAGGCUCAAGAUAUCAUCAAGAAUACUCACGACGUUCUUCAGUUAACUAUUCAUAAAGGCGGUCUCCUCACUCCACCGGAACCUAUCAUGUCAUCAUCACAGGCGAUUCCCUACGACUCUUACAAAAGCACUCCAAACGGCAAUAUCCCAGCAAUGUCAGCCUCGUCCAAUGAGUACCACUAUUACGAGCGGCAAGCACCGCCCAAAACGCAGUCAGGACAUGGGUAUGGAGGUCAGGACGGGCACGGCUACCAGGGGCAGGGCUAUCAGGAUCCCAACAGAUCGGCUAGCGGUUAUGGCUCCCCUGCUAGCUCCCUGUCACCAAACCGUGGCGGAUAUCAACCACCUUCUUAUGAAACUGUUACAAAUUCAAAUUAUGGUUAUUCUAGUCCUGUAUCCGUGGAUGUUAAGCCCACAUAUCAGAGGCAAUCGUCGCAGGACUCCAGUGGAUCCCGAGGAUAUGGGAGACAGUCUUCAGGAGGAUCAGGCCCAAUGUCACCCAAUUAUGGCAUGACGCAAUCAAUGUCCUCAUGUUACAGCGGGCAAUCGGAGCCGAGUUAUGGCAGGCAAUUUUCAAACGUAUCACAGUCUACAUCUGGAACUUACGGACGGACUGACACCAUGUCGCCGAGUUAUGGCGAGCCUUCCUAUGGAAGGCAGUUAUCCAAUAACUCGCAGCGGCGUGCAGAGACUAGGUCGCCCUCCUUUGGCAGACAGGAAUACGGGCGGCAACUCUCGAACUCUUCUCAACAUCGAACGGAUACUAUGUCACCAACAUACGGAGAACGACAUGAUUCUCCAUCCUAUGGGAGACAGAUGUUGAACACAUCACAGCCACAGAGCUACGGGUUCUCUGGCUCGACGGCUCAACAAAGCAGCCCACGCUCCCAGGCCCCGGCUCCCUGGACAUAUGGUGCACCAUUGCCGCCGGCUGAGACACAGCCGCAGUACAGCUUCGCAAGACAACCAUCCCGUGAACAACCACAACCAACUGAAUCACAAUACGGAAGACUGCCAUCAUAUGAACAUACACCUCCUUCUGAAACACAACCCCAGUACAGUUACGGGCGACAAACUUCCCGGGAACAACCAGCAGAAACACAACCACAAUAUGGUUACGCGAGGCAGCCAUCAUGGGAACAGCCAGUGGAGACACAGCCACACUUUAGCCACGCAUCACAGCACGACUCAAGACCCCAGGUGCCUGAUACUUCUACACCGCAAUAUCCUUCUAACGCAAACUACCAGUCCUGUGUUCCUCAAAACGCCUAUCCUUAUUCUUCAAGCAGUAAUUCGCCAGACUAUUCAUCUCCGUAUACUUCACAGCCUUACUCUACAACACAAACUGCACCUGGUCAUGACGACAGUCUUGUGAAGCAGUCGAUACGAUUCGCACCGCGCGACAACACCACUUUUGCCCCUACGAAAUGGCAACCUCAAAGUCCCAGCCCACAAUUCAUUCCUCCACCACCUCCUCCGAUUGAACAGCUACAAAGAGAAUCCCGCCACAGUGCGCCUGCUGUCCCAGCUGCUCCACCUCCUCCCCCACCUCCACCACCACCCCCGCUACCACCUGUGGGAGGAUUUAAGCGCCCAACUAUGACAGCGACUUCAUCAAUACACGCGCAGGAUGGCACAGACGGCCCCCAUAUUCCUGAUUGCGUGCAGAAGCAGAUGGCAAAAGGACCUGGAUCUAAGUCUCCAUUCACGUACGCUGCGGUCAGUAAGGAUGACCUGCUCAAGUUCAAGCAGAAACACAGAAGACAAAAGAAGCCACAAGUAGAGCAUGAAUUAAAUGAUAGUCCUACUAAAUCGGCCACAGUCAGUGCAGGGCCCGGCAGUGCGGUAAUAAGCCAUGGACAGUACAACUCCCCAGCCGAUGCCUACAUUGGACAGAGCUCAGGAGGGAUAGGAGUCCAACCAGCCAAGCCCUCACAGACCCAAGAGGCCCCAAAGCCACAAAGGAACUACCAGUAUGUACCAAAACCAGCCAGCAGCCCCUCCAACAAGGAGUUCGAUCCCACUCAAUCAGCGGCUUACAAAAUGAUCCACGGGAUCACAGAUGAGAAGAAGACCUUCAGACAGAGGCCAAAGCCUGAAGAGCUGGAGCCCGAGUUUAAGCCUCUCAAUCCCGAAGAUGAUCUCGGGUAUGAAGAGGAAACGUUUAAGAAGUUUUUACCAUCAGAUCCUAGUAAGCAGUCGAGGUCGUUCAAGCUGUUACAACGAUAUACCAAAGAUGAGGAAGAAGAAAUGAGCAGUGGAAAAAAGGAAGCCUCGGGAGUGUAUGAGGAGACGCACUGCAAGGCUGCCAGGCAGACCAGCUCAACGGUUCCUUCAAAGGCGUUCAGGAAGCUACAGAGGGCCAUUGGUGCUGACCCUGAUGAAAUCCUUGAGGAGGUGAAGCAACACAAGCCUAAGCCGUGCUCCUUGCAACCCGAGGAACCCCCACGCCCCGCAACGGUUGCUGAAUACCCCGCACCGGUACCAGCCCACAUGGCUAAAGCGCCGGUCUAUGACACUGCACACGCGACGCCACCAAAACCAGAAUCUGAAAUGAGCCCUGCAGAGUUGCGAGCGUGGAAACGCCAGCAGAAGAGGUUUGCUUCUGGAGGGGGUGAUAUCCCGGAUUACCAGCCAGCAUGGCAGGUUCAAGCUCAACAGCAGCCCCAGUGGCAGCCUCCAGCGCAGCCAGAGGAUCAACCCCCAGCUCGCUGGGAACCUCACAUCCAGCACGAAGCGUGGAAGGUUCAACCAACACCAGAAUGGCAGGCAAAGGUCGAAAGUUUACAAAAGAAAAACAAAUUAAAUGAAUGGGAACCCCCUGGAGAGAAACAGUGGAAGGCAAAUGAACCAGCUCCGGCAUGGCAGGCCAUCGCACAUGAGAGAAGAAAGUCAAAUGAAGCGUUGAGUCAGAUGUCACAGAUGCAGCCAUACCAUUCACAUCAGUCGUCUGCUCCAACUUGGCAGAAGGAUGUACGACCAAAACGAACAGACGAUGACGACGUGGGAGGUAUCAUUGAAGAAGGCUUCGAACCCAAACUUUACAGAGGUGGUAACAUACCUUCGAAAGCAUUCAAAAAGUUACAAAUAGCUACUGGAUCCUUUGAUUUGAAUUCUUCUGGGGCAACAACGAAAUCGUCAAGGUCAUCGCGGACAUCCUCUCAACGCUCGACACCAUCAAAAGAACUCAUGCAGCCGCAUGCUAGCAAACCCUUCCCAGAACGUCAACUCUCUUACGAAGAGAUAAAAGCAAACCAGGAGUUGAAAGCUCUGCCAAAUGUUGAGGCUGCGAAACAAGAAUCUGUGGUGAACGAAGCCGAAGACCAGACCGUAACACAGACUCAAAUAGAAACGUUACAUAAUAUAAUGUCGGAUCUCACAGCAAAACAACGGGUAUACCUCGAUUCUGUAUCUAUAGAUACUGAAUCUAGGGAACAAGUCGAUGUAUCAACACCGGCGCCGAAACCUACGGAAGCGAAGGAAGUAGUCGAGGUAUCUACUCCGGCGCCCAAAUAUACGGAAGCGAAGGAAGACAUAGAGGUACCAAGACCGGCGCCCAAACCUACGGAAGCGAAGAAAGAAGUCGAGCUAUCAACACCGGCGCCCAAACAUAAGGAAGCACAACCUCAGGUUACGGAACUUAAAGAAUCUGCUGAAAAACCGAUACAACCCACGGAAUUGCUAACAGAAGUGACUGGUGAUGUAAGACUGGAUUUUAGGCCUUCUGAACCACCGUCGCCAUUAGAAAUGCCGCCCGAGGAACCCGUCAAGGAGCAACAAAAGAUCACGGCAGAGAAACAUCCAGCAAAUGUGCCUAUUGAGUCGUCGCUAUCGCCCGGUGAGCAAGGUCUGCCCAGAAAGGACGAAGAGAUAUCUCGGGUAGAGGACGUCACGGCGAAGAUGGAGGAAGAUGUUCUCAUUACAAUACCCAAACCGACGACUUCAGAAUUAACGGACGAAAAGACCCCGAAUGUUGCAGCAGAUGACAGUUCGGAAACGAAGACUUCCAGUGGAUCAAAAGGUGACGAUUCCCUCACGAUGGAUGUUGGGGAGAACAACAGUGGGGAAGGAUUAAGCUUUGAAGGACUUCAACCAGCCGUGACUUGUCAGGUCAAAGGUUACUGCGAAGACGGCAAUUCGUCCCAGAAGUCCUCAACCUUCACCAGACACGAGGUUUCUGGUAAUGCGGCUGGUGCACUCGCUAUGGAGCAAGUAGACGAUAUGACCACUGAUUUCUAAGAAGAACAGAACUUUUCUAUUAUACAUGUAUUGUUUAGAAAGAACGUGUGAGAAUUGUUGUGUGUGUAUUAAUACAGUUCUAACUUGAUACUGAGGCAAAUAUACUGUCCUUUGGCUAGGUAAGUGAUGACUAGGGAAGUUGACAAUUGCGGGAUUCCAUAAAAGUUCAUAUAUUAAUUAUAUAACAGUGUUUUUAGUACAUGAAAAAGAAGCAAGAAAUAUACCAAUGGUAACAAACCAUGGAGAAUCAAAAUCCUGAACUCCGGGUAAUUCGUGCCAAGUCCUGGUUCCGAGUUGUCUGGUAUUCCUGAGCGAGUCCCUUGAUAGUUUCCUUGCAAAAUGGCUCUCUCGGCAUUAAAUAAAGUAUAUUUAACUGAUGUAUAUAUUCGGAUAUGGACAUACUGGGCCUAUAGACAUACUGGGCCUAAUGUGGGCUGAUUUCAAGCACCUUAUCCCUGCUGAGAUGGCGUGACGAAGCAAAAGAUCUAUAAGAAAGUAAGAAAAACAAAAAGCAUUUCACUUAUUGCACUAUAAUGUGAAACUUUAACUAUCAUGUUCCCCAAGAUCGCAAGAUCCGAAUGCACAAGUUGAAUAAAAACUUUAUCGCGUCUUUGAACGAAGGGAGCGCUGUUUUCCUCGGACUCAGAAUUCAGAAAUACGACAUGUCUUGGAACCUGGAUUUGGCACGUAAUGCCCAGAGUUCAAGAUUUUGAUUUUCCGGGAUGAGUCAUGUAGCCUAUGCAUGCGAAGUUAUCACGCCAGGUUUUUUUUUACUUAGAAUAUAUUUGAUGAUUGUAGAAAUUAAUAGGUGCGUGAAUAAGUCUUGGUUUUAGCUGUUGCAUUCAGAGUAAAAUGCAACUUGCGCUUAAAUGCAUGUAAGGAUGAGACCUCUAGUCAUUCUCCCAUGAAGUGGAUAUAGGUGACCCUGGUCAUUCCCCACUAAAGCGGAAAGAAGUGAUUCAAGUUAUUCCCCAAUAAAGUGGAGAUAUGUGACUCAAGUCAUUCUUCUCUAAAAAUUGACUUACCAGAUAGGUGACUUCUUCCCGUACAGCAGUAUAUAUUUUAAGGGGAUGCACCUUUUCGGAUUGUUUAUCGCAAUCAGGCAUAGGAAAUAAUGGAUUACAUUUACCACUAUCAGCUCACUUUGGCUUUACUUUGACUAAUCAUUGCAAUCAACAUCGCAUCACAGCUUUUCUCAUAGCCUGGCACCUGGGUGAGUUGAAAAGCUUUGUCCGGGGCGUAGGGCGACGUUUUGAUAUAACCUGUGGGACUUAUGGAGGAAUCAUAAACAAUCAGAAUAAAGUAAGGAUUUGGUUUGAUCCCUGUUGUGAUGUACAUCGACGUUUAUAGAACGUCCUGCAGAAAUUCUUCCUUCACUGUUUCACAUGUCUGCCGCACGUACCUGCCGAAAUGUACUUGACGUGUAGCAUUCAUUUAUGUGGUGUGGCUUGAAGCAUUAUCGCAUUUUUCUGUCAUUAUCUUUAGAAUACUGAAUUUCAUUUGACAGCCAUUGUUUUAUGCUAUAGUUAACUUGGUACGAGUCGAUGGAGCCACUGAACGGACUCCAUUACUGGUCCAAAGUCUACUGACGUAUGUUUGAAUAUACAACAUGUAAUCGCCAUUUUGAAAUUAAGAGUUGUGAUGACGAAAUAUGUCCGAAGGAAAGUUUUGAAGAUGAUUAUGUCAACUGUAUUGCAGUUCCAAUGUUUUGUAGUUUACCCAUUCAACAUUGUUUAUAGAUUGUGGCUUUUUAGGCAGUGGGCUCGCAUGUAUGAAUGGAAAUGUGGUCCUGAUGAGUGAGAAAAUCAUGUCAACAUGACAUAAUUAGUACCUGAUUUCUCACCUGCUGUGUGACUACCCAUUUACUAAAUAUCAUCCUGAGCAUUACGGGGCCUUUGGACAAUUAGAAUGAACUAGUUACUGAGCUGUCUGUGGAAAUGAUUCAGUAGAUAGUCUUCCUAUAUGCGGGCCUGUAUCUGUAAAUUCCAUGCUCACGAUUAAUUCAAGUUUUGUUUUACCCAAAAGGUUCUGGUAGUGCUUGGUAUCUCACAUCGAAACUUUGUGUGAAGCGUUAAAUAUCAGUAAUAAAGCGGAUUGUUACAUUUU